CCAAGAAAAAGAUCAUCUUUUUCAUUGUUAUUGAAAAACCCAUUAAAAGGCACACUGUUUUACUCUUGCUCAUGCUUGUUCAAUCACUUUUCUGCAAAAGACCCAGAUUUCAAAUAGGGUUUUGAUUUUCUUCUCAGUGAGUAAAGCUUGAAUCUCCUUUCAUAUCUAAGAGCUCUCUUUUGGGUUUUAUUUUUCUUGUGUGAAAGUAGCAAUGGGAAAAAAUGUAUUGGUUUUGGGUGUCGCUCUUUUGCUUCUUCUUCUUCUCGGAGGUUUCUCUUCAGCUCCUACUACUUCUUCACCUGCAAAAAUCGUUAGUGGGUUUUUCUCCAAUGCUUUGUCUGCUUUUAUGAAAUGGUUAUGGUCACUCAAAACUACCACCAAAACAGCAAUUACUGGCCGUCCAAUGAUGAAGUUUGAGGGUGGAUACACCGUGGAGACUGUGUUUGAUGGAAGUAAGCUGGGGAUUGAGCCUCACACUGUUGAGGUUUUGCCUAGUGGGGAGCUUCUGAUUUUGGACUCUGUUAAUAGCAACCUUUAUCGGAUUUCUGCUUCUUUAUCUUUGUAUGGUAGACCAAGGCUGGUCGCUGGAUCCCCUGAAGGAUACACUGGACAUGUAGAUGGGAAGCCCAGAGAGGCAAGGAUGAACCAUCCAAAAGGGCUUGCAGUAGAUGACAGAGGGAACAUUUAUAUUGCAGACACUAUGAACAUGGCAAUCAGGAAGAUAAGUGAUGCAGGUGUUACAACAAUUGCUGGUGGAAAAUGGAGCCGGGGAGGGGGACAUAUAGAUGGAACUAGUGAAGAUGCAAAGUUUUCUAAUGAUUUUGAUGUGGUCUAUGUUGGAAGCAGUUGCUCCCUUCUCAUUAUAGAUAGAGGAAACCGAGCAAUCAGGGAGAUUCAACUACAUUUUGAUGACUGUGCCUAUCAGUAUGGAAGUGGUUUUCCUCUUGGAAUCGCUGUACUUGUCGCUGCUUUAUUCUUUGGUUACAUGCUAGCUUUGCUGCAACGUAGAGUGGGCACCAUUGUAUCAUCCCAGAAUGAUCAGGAUUCAGUUAAAGUGAAUGCUGCUGUAUCAAGUCCAUAUCAGAAACCCCUGAAAUCAGUCAGGCCACCUUUAAUUCGAACUGAAGAUGAGCAAGAGAAGCAAGAAGAAGGUUUCUUUGGAUCCCUUGGGAAGCUUUUUGUCAAUGGUGGUGUUUCUGCUUUGGAAAUUUUGGGAGGAGUAUUUCCUGGUUUUAGAAAGAAACCACUAAGCUAUCAACAUCAGAGCCAGCACCAUCAACAACAGAAGCACUCAAUGCCUUGGCCAGCCCAAGAAAGCUUUGUGAUACCAGAUGAAGAUGAGCCCCCGUCAAUUGAUACCCAAACCCCCACUCCACGGAAAACAUACCCUUUCAUGUCCAAAAAUGCAGAAAAGAUCCAUCAGUUGCGUCAAAGCCAGGCCUUCUACAAUGGAUGGGAUGAUGAUAUGCAGCACCGGCAUCAGCAGCAGCAUCGCUAUCAAUCAUCCACCCCACAUGCUUACCAUGUUCAGAGCCAUGAGAAAACCAAUGAGAUUGUUGUUGGGGCACUUCAAGAACAAGAUGGGAACCGUGAAGCUGCGGGCAUAAAAUCUGUUGAAUAUGGAGACAACACGUAUGAUCAUCGCAAUAUUCGCUUCCGAUCAAGUUUGGGUUAUAAUCGUGGCUAUUAAAUACCUAAUAGAGAUUUUGGAGUAAUUACCUCAUUCCAGCUUGAUAUUGGAACUUCAAAAUUUAGGAUAUAAUAGUUAAGA